AUGCCACAGAACGGCGGCUAUACCAGCGAGCAGCUUCCACCUUUAGAACUCCAUACUGGGACUGGUCUCUACCAGCACCAAGUGGCGAGACCCAUCUUCCUGAUGUCUUCUGGAGCCCUAUUAUACUACAAUAUGUUAAAGCAAUGGAACGAAACGAAACGCGCCCCAAAUACCACACUCAGUCUCACUUCACCACCGUCAAAUAAUGAGGAAGUAAACAAGGCUUUGUUGUCCAAGCUACCAGAACUUCAACAAAGGCUAUACAUUCUAUUCUCCAGCUACCAUGAAUUCAACUCAUUCAGCAACAAAGCCUGGGCUGUUUCCCAAGGACUUUCCGCGUUGGACUCCAUCGAGUCUGUUCACGACGUUAUUCAUAUGUAUGGAGGUUCCAAGGGUCACUUGACCUAUGUCCCUCUUUCUUCAUUUGAUCCCCUCUUCUUUCUGCAUCACACCAUGACUGACCGAUUGAUAACCAUGUGGCAAAUACUAAACCCGUCAUCUUGGAUUACUCCCAUGUCUGCAGGAGAAACUAGCUUUACUGCUUUGAAAGGGACCAUGCAAUCAUCUGAGUCGGCUCUGACUCCCUUCUUUGCCACGGAUGACGGAAAGUUCUGGAACUCAGAUAUGGCCAGGACUACAAUUGCAUUCGGAUAUUCUUAUGCUGACACCAUGGCGAAAACGGGAUAUAAUGAAGACCUACGUGAGGCACUAGUCAAGAAGAUAAACAUUUGGUACGGUUCUUCUAGCCCUGUCGGGUUAAUGGAGAACAAAGCUGGCUCCAGAUGGAGCAGUCCUGAAACAAAGAAGCCAGCGAAUGCUGGUCAUGGACGGUCUAGCUUCAGACCCAACAUCAAGUAUGACGCAGAAGAUCCCCACGCGUCGAGCAUCUUCAAGGGAAAUCACUACACCGAAUGGGUCGCAAAUGUCGAAGUCAAUGUCGAAGCUCUAGAUGGCUCAUUCGUCGUCCACUUCUUCUUCGGUCUGCCACCACAGGAUGAAGACAACUGGCACCUGGCGCCAAAUCUUGCAGGCACGGUGGCCAUUUUCGCCAUGAACCGAAUGACGGGGUCCGAAUCCAAAAUAUCUGGGGCAAUACCCUUGACGUCAGCAAUUAUAAAGAUGGUGGCAGCAGGAGAGGUUAACGACUUGACGCCGCAAGAGGUUCAACCAUUUCUUACAGAUGUUCUCUACUUUGCCGUACAAUCCAGCAACAACUCCCAGGUCGAUCCCAGGCAAGUGGAUGGGCUUAAUAUUUUAGUCGCAAGUUCAAAUGUCAAGAUACCCAGGACACAGUCCGAGUUACCAGAAUGGGGCUCGUCUGUAACCAGGCUGAGACUCUGGCCCUUGAACAGCCCAAAUUAG